GGCGAAUUGGACAGUUGUACGCAUGUGCGCGAAGACACCAGUGUGAGAUGAAAAGAGAGGUAAACAGCUAACAGUUAGUGUCUUUAAACGGAUCAAAAUGGAUACACAGAAAGAUUUGCAACCACCCAAGCAGCAGCCUAUGAUCUACAUAUGUGGAGAAUGUCACACUGAAAAUGAAAUUAAAGCCCGUGAUCCAAUCCGAUGCAGAGAGUGCGGCUACAGGAUCAUGUACAAGAAGAGAACAAAGAGAUUGGUUGUCUUUGAUGCCAGAUGAAGAAGAGGAGAGCAGCUGUUAUGAUUGUUAUUGUUGUGUGCUAUUUUUCUAGUGUAUGACCAUGUAAAUAAAUAGACUUUCAGACCUGACUCCAUACUUCUGAAUUAUGGUCAAAGCCCAUCAUUUUCAUGUCAACACAAACAGUACUGUUUUACUUUUUCUUUUUCUUUUUUUGAGUGACUUUUCAAGUGAUGGAUGAAAGUUUUGGUUUAUUAAAAAACAUGAUUUUUACUCACUUUAA